AUGUCUAUUCUAGUUUCUGGUGCCACCGGUUUUAUUGCUCUACAUGUUGUCAGUGAUUUGUUGAAGCAGGACUACAAAGUUAUUGGUACUGUUAGAUCUCAAGAAAAAGCUGAUAAAUUGCAUAAGCAAUUUGGUAACAAUCCCAACCUCUCCUUUGAAUUGGUUUCAGACAUUGCUGCUCCUGAAGCUUUUGACAAAGUCUUCCAGAAACAUGGUAAGGACAUCAAAGUGGUGUUGCACACAGCUUCUCCUUUCACUCUAGAAACCACAAAUUAUGAGAAAGAUUUGUUGCUUCCAGCAGUGAAUGGUACGAAGAGUAUCCUGGAGUCGAUUAAGAAAUACGCUGCUGAUUCUGUCGAGAGAGUAGUUGUUACAUCGUCUCACGCUGCCGUCAUGGAUGUUUCGAAAGAAGGCGACGGCUCAAUAGUCUACACUGAGAAGGAUUGGAACCCUGCCACUUGGGAAAACUGUCAGAUAGAUGGUUUGAAUGCUUACUGUGGGUCUAAGAAGCUAGCCGAAAAGGCUGCAUGGGACUUCCUUGAAGAAAAUAAAAACGUUGUCAAGUUCAAAAUGAGCACGAUCAAUCCUACUUACGUUUUCGGGCCUCAGCUAUUUGAUGAGGACGUGAAGGACAAAUUGAAUACUUCCUGUGAGCUAAUUAACUCAAUUCUAAAGAACAAUCCUCAGGUGGAAUAUCUAUUAGAGAAUUUUAAAGGUCAUUUCGUUGAUGUCAGAGAUGUUGCUAAGGCUCACUUGGUGGCAUUCCAAAAGGAUGAAGCUAUUGGACAGAGACUGCUAACUACAAAUGGUCGUUUCGUUUACCAGGACCUUGUAGAUAUUAUCAAUGAAGACUUCCCACAAUUGAAGGGUAAGGUCAUUGUAGGAAAGCCAGGUGCCGGUAAACAAUUGUAUGGCACUUUCCCAGACGUUAAUAACACCAGGUCGAAGGAGAUUUUGGGCUUCGAAUUCAUCUCUCUGCAUAAAUCCGUCCACGACACUGCUGCUCAAGUCUUGAAAAAAGAAGGCAAAUUGUAA